UUUUCCUCCCUUGACCCUUCCCCGUCCUGUGUGAGUGUGUCGUGCCUUAAGCCCAGGCUUAGGCACUAGUGGUAAUCUUUGUCAAGCUAGACAGGGACCUCUCAGGCGGGCGGCAUGGAGGCCAUGGACGUCAAGCACGCCCCGGCCAUGUUCCCCGGAAACGGGUCUGUGAAGAGGGCGCGGCAGGCGGCAGCGGCGGUCGGAGUGGGCGCCGUGGUGGUGGUGCCCAGCUACCGGGAGUGCCUCCGGAACCACGCGGCGUGCAUGGGCGCGCACGCCGUGGACGGCUGCGGGGAGUUCUUGCCGGCGCCGCAGCUCAACCCCGCCGACCCGGCCUCCUUCACCUGCGUCGCCUGCGGCUGCCACCGCAACUUCCACCGCCGCGUGAUGGUGGAGGAGGAGGAGCAGGCGCCCGCGCCGGCGCAGCAGCAGGUGGCGCUGCUGCCGGCGCCGGCCGUGGCGGGGGGCGUUGCGCAGCACGGCCCGCCGCGGCGCGCGGAGGAGACGCCCGAGGUCCGGCUCCCAGCGGCCGACGGCGACGACGACGACGACUCGGAGUCCGACUCCGACGGCUCGGGGUCUGGGUACGACGACGAGCGGUCCGUCUCCCCGCCGCAGCUGCUGCAGGCUCAGCCGGCGCGCGUGCCGGCGCCGGUGUCGCAGCAGCCUCCGGCCUACUUCUCCCCGCCGCCGUCGCAUCAGCAGCAGCCGCCGCACAUGCUGCUGUCUCUGAACUCCAGCGCGCCGCCGCCGGGGGCGCACGUGCAGGCGCAGGGCCAGAGGCUCCCCGUCCAGGCCUCGCCGGCGACCGCCCCGCCGGCCCACGUGGGGGGCGCGACGGCAGCGGCGGCUCGGAAGCGGUUCCGCACCAAGUUCACCGCGCAGCAGAAGCAGCGGAUGCAGGAGCUGUCGGAGCGGCUCGGGUGGCGGCUGCAGAAGCGCGACGAGGCCAUCGUGGACGAGUGGUGCCGCGACAUCGGGGUGAGCAAGGGCGUGUUCAAGGUGUGGAUGCACAACAACAAGCACAACUACCUGGGCGGCCACAGCGCCCGCCGCAGCGCCUCCGCCACGGCCGCGUCCUCCGCCGCCACCACGCCCACCGCCCCCGCCGCGGCCGGGCCAUUCCACCACAUCGCGCCCGCCCAAGGUGCGCAGGCGCCGCCGCCGCCAGCGCCAUUCGCACCGUCCGUCACCCACAGCUCCCCCGCCCCCACCGCCACCGGGUUCAACAUGAACGGCACCGCCACCUCCGCCGUCACCCCCGCCCCCACCUACACCGCCGUCCACCAAGUGAACGGAACCUCGUCGCCGCAGUCCGCCUAAACUAGUCGUCAUCAAGGGAGAAAACAAUAAGCGGCGGGGCGGCGGAGAGAAAGAAGAAGAAGAAAAAAAAUAAGUAGCUUUCAGCGAUCAUUCCAUUCCAUUUCGUUAAUUUAGGGUUCCGAUCGAGCUAGUAGUAAGUAAGAAAUUAACCCCGAGGAAGAAGGAUGCUCUUGGGAUCGGAUGAAGGUGGUAAAUUAGGAGUUAAUUAGGUUAUCCGAUCUCAAAAGCGGCACCUUUCUUGGUUCGUUGCUGUCCCUGUAAGUUGAGUUCGUUCCUGUUCGUGUCCCUGUAAGUGUAAGUCGAGCUUCUGCUGUAAUAGAAGAGUUCAUCUCCUUCCCUGUAAACUCUGAAUGCUGUGAUGGUGGAAUGUACACAGAAUGAAUGGAGAUGGAGGUAGCAUCUCUGCUUAGCAGAGGUACAAUCGUUCGAUUAA